CUAGCAGAUCUGUGGUUCUGUUCUGUUCGAUUGACAUUUGACAUUCUGAUAAAAGUUAUCAAUAAUUACAGCUAUAUCGCGAAAAUACAAAUGAAAUAUUAUUGGAUGUUAAAACUUAAAACUUAAAUAAGAGAUUACACGAUAGCAAAUAUACUCGACGAACAUGUCAGAAGAAGAGAUGAGAAAUGAAAAUUUGGAAAAUCCAGAUGUUCUAAAGACAGUGCAGUUACUAGCAAAGGGCUUAAUGGAAAUAUACGAACCGCCCAUAUCAACUUUGAAUACACAUUUAAAAGAAUUGACAGAUGAGCAAGAGGCUGUACACAAUAUGAUUGUAUCAGAAAACAGAAGAAUAGAUGAUCUACAAAAUGAUGCUACAUUAGAUGCAUUGUUAGCUGAUAUAGCGACAAAUAAAGAAAAGUUGACAUCGUUAACAAGCUCGAUGUUGUCGUUACAUAAGAGAGUACAGGAUUUGCAGGUGAGAGCUGCAAAUGUGGAAAAGGCUGCAAAAAGUAGGGCGACAAACUGAACUGUAUUAUUAUUAUUAUUAUUUUUAAGAGUUUUAUGUAGGUUAUUAAUAUUAAUUGUAAAGGAAGAAUAUGACUUAAAAUAUUAAGACACUGUUAAAGAUGCAAUGAGAAGAUUAUGUUUAAGUUUUUAAAUUAUACAUAUAGUAUAAAAUCUAACAAUAUAUAUUUUGAAUGUUUUGUAUAAAUAUAUACUUUUUAAUAAUAUAUUGAAACAUUGCAAUAUUAAAACACAAUGAUGAUAAGUUGUGAACCAAUAUGGCAACAUUAAAGGUAGUUAAGUUACAUAAUAGUUCUCAUACCAAAAUGUUAAAUUUUAUUAUAUGUUACUGAUGUGUAUAAAAAAUAUUUUAAAAGGAUUUAUUUUAAAUAAAAAUAUAUUAUUUUAAAUUUUUUAUUGACUUUGUUACAAUAUUACAUUUUUUUUAUUAAAAAUAAAUACAUGUUAAUGCUUUUAGUCGUUAACAAUUCUCAUACAUUCAAC